AUGGGUCCUAAACGGCCGCCGCCGCCAUCAGCUAAACGUAAAACAGGGCUGCCAGCUCCAGCAACGCAAAAGACGGUUCGAGGAAUCAUAUGGAGGAUACGGUCAUUUGCAACGCAUCCUCGCACUGUAUGUGUCGCUCUAUUUAUACUAGUUGUAUUUCUAUGGUCGUAUUGGAGAAUACUAUAUCCACUCUCUCGUGGAAUGGUCGACGAUGCACGUAAACGCAAUUCCAUCAGCAUCAUCCAUCCAGACACGAGAGUCGUCGUAUCCCUUACCUCAUUUCCACAGCGCCUGGAAACUAUUACCGAUACUAUAAAUAGUCUUAUGAAGCAGUCAAGACCGCCCACUGUCGUGGUGCUUUCCAUUCCAAAGGAGGUCAAGAGGUUGGAUGGCAUACCACAACAGACUGUGCCAUCGAUCGUGUCAGAACUACAGCACACUUAUGGCAAAAAGCUUAUAGUUCAGAGAACUGAGGACUAUGGGCCAGCUACAAAGUUAUUAGGUGCUCUCCUAGUAGAACCUGAUCCAAACACUGUAAUAAUAACCGUAGAUGAUGAUGUGACUUAUCAUCCUGACACCGUACUAGGUCUGGUGGAAGCAAUACAUCGCUUUCCAGGAAGUGCACCAACAUAUAAAUGUGAAUACUUUCCAUGGUGGUGGUUUACAGCCCUAGGUCAAAUCCACGAAGGGCCGUGUAAAGGAUUUGUGAAUGCCUACAAAGCAGCCGCAUAUCGCGCCGGAUACUUUUCAAAUAAGGCCGUAUUCAAUCACUCUAGAGCUCCUGAAGGAUGCAGAAUCCAUGAUGAUGUUUGGAUUUCUGGCAACUUGUAUGAAGUUGGUGUACGCCCACUUGUAGUCCAACCUGGAUUUGAUUCUGUGGUUCAUCAUCGACCAUGGACGAAACUAAGUAUUCAUGCCGUCCCCAAAUCUGAGUCAGAUUUCAGGAAUCCAUGUAUUAAAUUCUUCAAUAACUUUGCUUAA